AGGACCGGAAGGUUAAAGGACUGAGUAGAUAGGUUCCGACUUCCACGUUUGAAGGGCCAGGUCGACGCGGGCCCCAUGUCUUUCGAUCCGAUCGCCUCCGUUUCCUCGACCGGCUUUAAAUCUCCCGCCGGUGUCCACUUGGAGCCGUUCUCCAAGAAGAGUGCAGCAGAGAUGGCGGAGGAGAUGAGGAGCGGGUAUCUCAGGAUGAAGACGGAUGACUACGCUUCUGUCGGCGGCGGCGGCGGCGACGACCUGAUCCGGUCGGACCUGCAGGAGCUCGGCGUGGCCGGCAGGAAGCUCGCCAACCACGCCCUCAUGGUCGUUGGCGGGUUGGGUUCCGGCACCACCUUCUUCAAGCUCCUCGCUACCUUCGCCGCCAUAUAUCUGUUGAUACUGGAUCGAACUAACUGGAGAACAAACAUGUUGACUUCACUUCUAAUUCCAUACAUCUUCUUGAGCUUGCCAUCUGUGUUGUUUUCUUUGCUAAGAGGGGAAUUUGGGAAAUGGGUUGCAUCGAUUGCUGUCAUUCUGCGCCUUUUCUUUCCUCGGCACUUCCCUGACUGGUUGGAGAUGCCCGGAGCACUAAUCCUCCUCCUGGUGGUUUCUCCUGGAUUCUUUGCUUCCACAGUAAGAGACAGUCUCAUUGGUGUUAUCACAUGUCUGGCUAUCGGCUGUUACCUGCUUCAUGAGCACAUCCAGGCAUCGGGUGGCUUCAGGAACUCAUUCACAAAAAGCCAUGGCGUUUCAAACAGCAUAGGCAUCAUUCUUCUCCUGGUUUAUCCUAUCUGGCACCUAUUCCUGCAUUUCCUUUAGGUUCCCACUCUCGCCAGGGCUCCAAGAACAACACUAUUGUGUGUUUGAGUGUGAGUUGGAGCCACUGGUGGCCUAUGUAUUUAUUUGUUCACACAUUCUGUUCUUGAUGUGGUAAGACUUCAUGUUCCUUCUACUCAAGCAUUGAUGAGUAAUUUGUGAUA